AUGUCAAAUUCAGAGAAUAGUAGUGAUCCCCAAAGUGCUAAGGGUCUUCAGCAUCUGGAAAACUUUCCUGAGAGUGGCGUUUCUUCUGCUUUGGAUGACCCGAGGGGCACAUCUGUUCGUCGAUUAACCAGCCGUGCUUCAGAAGAGAGUAUGAGAAGGAGUAUUGCAAGCGAACUCAAUGACAUGGAAGCUGUCUCUUUGCGUGAGUCUCUUCCAGAGGGAUUUAAUGCAGAUGAAAAAGGCUUUCAAAAGACCCCUGUUACCAGGUUCAUACGAGGAAAUCACAUGGCAGCUACUAUCUUACACAUUCUGACAGGCGCUAUAUGGGGGGUAUUAGCAAGAAAAGGAAUAACUGCUCUUACAACUUAUGAGGGUUCGUAUCUUCUGGGUCUCGUUUGGGCUAACUUUGGAGCAUGUUUAGUUAUGGGACUACUGAUUGAAUCAUUCAAAUUCUGGGAAGAUAUUUUGGAAUCUGAUUUAUUCAAUACAAAAGGGGAGAUUCCACUCUACGUAGGCAUCACAACAGGGUUUUGUGGGACUUUUUCAUCCUUUUCUUCGGCCAUUCUUGAGAUAUUUAAUAAAGCGACGAAUACUGAACCGUCUGGUACAUUCAAUUACCCUACGGCAGGGUAUGGUGUAAUGCAAUUCUUAGCAGUUGCAUUAGCUCAGUUUGGUUUGUCAGUCGUCGGAUUUCAUAUGGGUAAACAACUUGCUGAAGGUUUAGACUCAUAUAUUCCUCCUUUGAAAAGAAAUGUAUUUUACAUUUUAAGUAAUUUAUCUAUUGUGAUUGGGCUUGCUGCUUAUAUUGUCAUUAUUAUACUAAUUGGUGUAAAAGGUGAUGGUUCUUGGAGAUCUUGGACUUUCUCCUGUUUAUUUGCACCUUUUGGAGCACUCUUGCGAUUUUACUUAUCAAGAAUGUUAAACCCAGCUAUCAAAAACUUCCCUCUCGGAACUUUUACCGCGAACUUUUUAGGAACGAUCCUUCUUACUAUCUUUACUUUGUUAUCAAGAGGUAAAGCUCCCGGAGCCUCACUUUCGAAGAAUAUAGUGACGAAUAUGAAUGCUUGUCAUGUAUUGAACGGGUUAGAUGACGGGUUCUGUGGAGCAUUGACGACAGUUAGUACCUUUGUUGUCGAACUUUUUGGCUUGAAAACGAUUUUUACAUAUAGAUACGGGGUUUUCAGUAUAUUCUUAAGCUUUAUAUUCAUGAUUCUAGUGCUUGGCACAUAUAAUUGGUCAGUUGGACUCACCAAUGCAGUUUGUGGUUAA